UCAGGCAUCUGGAACACAGACAGUAGUUCCUACUUUAUUGGCACCUAUAAGAGACUCAGCCUACUCCUGCUCUAGACAAGUAAACAUCCAAUGAUUGAGCUUUGCUCUAGGUUCUGGCUGCCUAGAGGGAGUCUUGUCAAUGUUUUGGCUGCUCUUGCUAGUGGCAGCUAUAGCAGCCCCUGUGAGCUGCACUGAAAGUACCCCAUGUGUGAGCUCAGAGCUCAGCCGAGUAUGGGGUCCUGGGCUCCGGGGAGAGGUUGUGCUUCCUGCUCGCUAUUUCUACAUCCAGGCUGUGGACACCCAAGGAAACAAUUUCACUUGUUCUCCACAGAAGAACCUAUUUCAAGUCCGCAUUAUUGCACCUACAGAGCAAUAUACUAGAGUGGGAGUUCAAGUACUUGACCGACAAGAUGGCUCCUUCCUUGUAAGGUACAGACUGUAUGCCAGCUACAAAAGCCUGCAAAUUGAGAUUACAGUCAACGGCAGACAUGUUGCAAAGUCUCCAUAUUUUCUAGAAGGUCCAAUAUUCAGUGAAGGAUGUUACUGUCCUGAACAAAACAGUGACGUAUGGUUAAAACACAUGGCUUGUAAUGAGACCAUUCCACAAAUUGAGCAAGAUCUAAAACAUUUCCCAACUGUUGAUCUUGACAAGAUUGCAGUGGAAAUUCCAGAGAGAUUUGGUGAGCGCCAAAGCUUGUGCCAUUACACCAUCAAAAAUAAUAAGAUCUAUAUAAAAACUUAUGGAGUACAUGUUGGCUUCAGGAUUUUCAUGGAUUCACUUCUUCUGUCCUUAACAAGUAAAGUGAAAGUUCCAGAUGUUGAAUUUUUUGUAAAUUUAGGGGACUGGCCAUUGGAGAAGAGGAAAGUAAUGCCUACUCACCCCAUCUUUUCGUGGUGCGGAUCCACCGAAACCAAGGAUAUUGUAAUGCCCACUUAUGACCUAACAGAUUCUGUAUUGGAGACCAUGGGGCGGGUGAGCCUAGAUAUGAUGUCUGUUCAGGCACACAAUAGUCCUAAAUGGGAAGAGAAAAAUAACACUGCCUUUUGGAGAGGACGAGACAGCUGUAAAGAAAGACUGGAGCUCGUGAAACUGAGUAGAAAACACCGAGAUAUUAUAGAUGCUGCUUUUACACACUUCUUUUUUUUCGACCACAACGAAAGCCUGUAUGGUCCAAUUGUGCAACCCAUACCAUUUUUUGACUUCUUUAAGUACAAAUAUCAGAUCCUUAUUGAUGGAACAGUGGCAGCAUAUAGAAUGCCAUACCUCCUUGUUGGAAACAGUGUGAUACUUAAACAAGAAUCCAUAUACUAUGAACACUUUUAUAACGAUCUCCAUCCAUGGAAACAUUACGUGCCCUUCAAGAAAGAUCUUAGUGAUUUACUUGAAAAAAUCCAGUGGGUUAAAGACCACGACGCAGAGGCAAAAGAAAUUGCACAAGCUGCACAGGAGUUUGCAAGAAAUAAUCUAAUGGGUGACCAUGUUUUCUGCUACUAUUUUAAGCUUUUCCAAGCCUAUGCACGACUGCAGGUGAGUGAACCGAAAAUAAGAGCUGGGAUGGAAAUAGUGGAUCUUAAUUCAGAUUACCUCUUCCCAUGUACAUGUCAAAGAAGUGAUAAGCUGCCUGUUCCUGCUUCUUCAAAGAAUCCCAGUGCCACAGCAAGACUGACUUUCCUUCUCACUGCUGCCUUACUACUUUGUAAAUACCUACACUGGCUCCCAUGUCCUCCAGGAUCCAAAUGUAAUUGCUCACCCACACUGGGCAAUAUUUUAAACUAUAUUGCUCAUUUUCACAAUUCUGAGUGAUAGCUUUUGUAAUAUCGCCCAGUGAGUAUGCACUAUAUUGUUAACGAUGCGUGCUCCCGACGGUCGUUAAC